AUGUUCGCGAUGCCCGGGCUCGUCCACAACAGGACCUGGCGCGCGUACCUGGCAGAGAGAGGCAUCCGCUUCCACCCGGUGCCGCGCGGCGCAGACUCCACCCGGGACCCGAACGAUGACGCCAUCUGUCGGGAGGCACUCCGACUCGCCAAGUCACCAGUGCAAGCCAUUGCUCUCCUAGCCAGGAACGCGGACUUCGUGCAGCUAGCAGCCAAGUUGGAUCAGCAAGGCAAGGUGGCCAUCGUUGUCUUCAGCAGUGCAAGCCCCUCGCAGAAGCAGCUCUUUUCACAGGCGGGGUGGCAGGUGCUGGUCGCGAAGGAGGCAGACUUCCCGGUUCGAAUGAAAGCAUUUUUGUUAUCGGAUGGAUCUGGCGGAAUUGAUUACUUAGACCCUCCAGAGUCACUUGCCAACGUUGAAACAUGUGAUGACACCGUUGUUGCGUAUCUGCGCUCUCAUGGCUACAUGUCUACGAAUUCUUCGAGAACCAACGCCUCUGAAAUCGCUCCAGCUAUCGCCAAGCUUUGGUAUUGUAACCAAUUCGGGAGGUUAGAUGUGUUUCCUUACUGGUACGCAUUGCAGAGCAUGCUGGAUCUGAUUCGUGCGACACCUGAGAAAGUCAGCAAAGGCCACGGGCAAGCAUUCGCUUUCGUCCUGCCCGUGCGAAGGCAUAAGAGAGAGCCCCUGGAUGACGCCUCAGCCAGAAUUGCUGCAGGGGGUGGGCCCUUCAUCAUGCGAAACUCGCACGAUCUGGUGGAGAGAGUUCUCUUCCGAUUGGGCUACAUGGACUCAUGCUUGAACACCGACUUGAGUGAGGCCAUGCUAGUAUUUAGCCGCAUGGCUGUGAACAAGCGCCAGUUAUCAAAGAUUGGGCUAUACAGGCCAGGGGUUCCGCUGGGCGCGAGCGAGCUGAAGGCUGCAAUUUUGAGCGAUGCACAUGGGCCGACAUGGCAGCUCCCCCCACAGAGCGGCUCCGUUGUCCAGUAUCUGGUCGCGCGGGGGCUGCUGCCAUCGGCACAGGUGCCAACCGAGGACGUGCACGAAGCAAUGAAGAGCAUAUGUGCGGCAAACGGGCUGCCGGCGAUGAGGACUUACAAUGGGUAUCUGUGGCAGUUCCAGGCGCGCGUCCUGAACCUCAAUGAUCCGAGUCGGAGGCCGUCUUGA